AUACCGUAUGUCUCAUUUCUGGUGUUUUAGGCCGAUUUCACGCUAGGUUGUUCUUGUUUGUGAUAUUUCAGGUCCUAGUACGUGAAGGAAGGUUUGGGCACGAGUUCAGAGUCGAUUGGACGAAGUUGGGACGUUUGAAGAAAAGCUGAGGAAACCACACGGGCUGACCUAAAUUCCACACGACCGUGUGACUUGGCCGUGUAGAACCCCUUUGCACGGGCAAAGCUACACUGGCCGUGUGGGAUUUCCAGAGAGUUCACACGGGCAGCCCUAAAUUCCACACGACCAUGUGGUUUUGGCGUGUAGCGUACCUGGAGUUACUAAAUAAAACGCGGCAUUAUGGAGAGCCACACAUGCAGCUGGGGAUUUCACACGACCAUGUGGUCGGGCAAAACUGUUUUUUAACCCAAUUUCGGGUCUUUGAAGAGGAGGACAAUUGUCCAGAGCAAAAACAUAGUCAUAGAGAGAGAAAGUGCGAAGAACAAACCCUAGGAGUGAUUUUGGAGCGGGGUUUCAUCAAUCAAGCUUGGAUUUCAUCCUUGGAGUGAAGAUUAUCAUCCCAGAGCAGAUUCUUCCCAUUGAUAUGAUUAUGACUGUUUUGUAUUAUGUUUUUCUCUCUCUCUAUGGAGUUGAACUCUCUCUCACUUGGGUAUGAAGAACCCUAGUUCCAUGUGUUAGGGAUAUUGAUUGUAAUGACUUUUGGAUUGCUAUACUGUGUGAUUAUAAUUAAUUGAUGCAUGAUUCAUUGAGUCAAUUGAAGUCUGAUCAACUUUUCUUGAUUUCUGCUGCAACCUGAGAUAGAUAGAAUCUGAUUAGGUUGUUAGAGCUUCUUCAGUCGGUAGUAGUGAAUCGAUUAUACGAGAGUUAGUCGAUUCACCGCUUUGUACUGGAAUCCGAUUCCAGUAGUGGAGUUUUGUGUUAAUUGCCUCAGCGUUCUAUCCUGGUGAAGACUAGUCGUCUGUCGGGUAGUUUGUCUGAGAGGGCUUGGUCAGGUUAAGAGAUUCCAAGCUACUAUCGGAUCUUUCGAAGUUUAAUCAACAGUAAAUCAACCAAGGAAAUUAAAAUUUUGAAGUUUAAUCAACAGUAAAUCAACCAAAGCUACUAUCGGGCUUGGUCAGGUUAAGAGAUUCCAAGCUACUAUCGGAUCUUUCGAAGUUUAAUCAACAGUAAAUCAACCAAAGGAAAUCAAAAUUUUGACCUAACUAAGGAGCUAGGGGGACUCAUUCCCGAGUGACUCUUCCCUGCCUUAAGAACUUCGAACCAUUUCCUGCUUUCAUACUGCUUUUGUUUGCAAUCACUCUCACUACACUUAGUCCCCUAGAUAACAAGUAGUCACUGAGUAGGCAGUAGAUCUAGACCCCGGGUUGACAAAUUGAACUUUCCACAAGCCGUCUUGCAUUUCCAUUCUGCGAUUGCACUUGGUCGCAGUUUGAUGUUGUGUUUUAGCGUGUCAUAAGCGGCCUUGCAAACUGGAGAUUUCGAAAGAAAGAGUCUGCCAGAAGCUCGAGCACACCGACGGCCGAACUCGACGGCGGUUAGGGUUCCCUAAGCAAAGCAGAGAUGACGACGAGACGGUUGGAAGGUUCGCUGGAGUCGAGAAUUCAGAGAGGAUCUCAGCACUCAGCGGCGUUCCUCUCGUCGAUGAUGGCAAGGAAGAGCGAGCCGGAGUCGGACAUCGGGGCCCCUACAUCGUCUCAAGGACGUCGGGCUGGGCUGCUGGAGUGGCGAAGAGUGCGGUGGGCACGACAAUCGGCGGCGACACAAUUAAUUGCAACGAACGACGAUGGGGCGGAUUCAAGAAGGAUUAUCUUGGGCUCGAGAUUGGCUCCCCGCCGCAAAAUUGAAGUCUCGUCAGAGAGAAGAAACUUACGAAGGGAGCAGCGAUCUGCGAUGGUUGGCUUAAUCAUGGCGAGGUCAGAGAAGAAGCGCGGCGCCAAAAUCCUAUGCUCGUCGCCGAAGAAGACAUCAUCGACGAUGCGAAUCGCGCAGUUGCGGCGAUCUUCUCUGACCUCAGUGGAGACGAGAAGCGCCAAACCGGACCUCCCUCCUAGCCUCUUGAAGAACUCGUCGUCUGAAAUAGAACUGGGGUCGGCGGCUGAAUUGGGCUCGUCUACUGGCCGUCAGAAGGGUUGGUCACCGCCGGGAAAGGAAAGUGAGAAGAAGGUGGAAGGCGUCGGCACCGCUCUGUUUCCGUUCGAGCCGAUGCAUCUCCUUUCCUUCGACGAAACCCUACUCACCUUCUGUGAGCCAACGAGUGGGCUUGGGUGUGUUUUGUUGGGUCGUCCGAUGGUUAAGGUCAUCGGGCCAAGCGAAUCGAGCUGAGUGUGCUGAUCAGCAAAAUCUAGGAUGUUUGUUGAGAUCUGCUAGUCAAAUGGUUGAGGAUGAUUACGGGUCAGGAAGUAAAAAGGAGUCUGCUAUACUCUCCUUGGGCCGAGUUCUGAUGGGCCAACUGGGUGGGCUAGAGGCAGCUCCGGGAGCAAGACAACUCGUCCCAUGCCUCUUGAGAAAAGAAGGUGGGCCGACUCAUAUAGGGAGAUUUGGGCCACCUAUGGACUAUUUUGUUUGGCUUCUUUUGCAGGAACAGAACUUGAAGGAUGAAGGUUGUGGGCUUCUAAGGAAGUUUAGCCCAAACGCAAUUAGAGAAGAAUUGAGCAGAAAAGGGCUUGACAUUGAUUUGGGCCCCAAUUCUGUAUUUUAAGCAUUUGUAGGCCAAAUUAAAGAUGAAGAAAGAGAAUCUUGGAUUGUUUUCACCACCAAGCCUAUGAAGGAAUUUAUCGAGCACAAGGAAAAUCAGUUCUCCGACUCUUAUUCCGUGGAUUUUGAAAGAGAGAAGGAAGAAUUGUCUAGCUACGGAGGACGUGACAUGUGUCAUGAGGGUGGAGAAGAGUUUAUUCAAGGACUCGAGCGCAAUUGGGAACGAAGAAAGCGGAAAGUCAAGAAGGCGAAAGUCAACUACGACCUUGAGGGCAAGGUUGUUUUCAAGAGGAGGAGAUUGUUAGAAACCCAAUUUUGGUGGGUUUCUCUAUUUAUUUAUGGUAGGAUAAUUAUCAUUAUGGUUAGCAGAGAUUUAGUAGAAUUAUUUUAUUGAUUAGGGUUUACCGGUAUUUUCCUAUAAAUAUGUAAUCUCCGUUUCAUUAUGAACUAAUCAAGGAAAAUAUUAAAAAAAGUAUCUCUCUCAAAUCUCUCUCAAAACCCUCUCAACUCUCGUCUAUCUCUCUCCCAAGUCAGCCCGCGAUCUUCUCACUCCCGAAGGCCAAACUGAAUGUGUUGCAAGAUCGCGCCCUCGCCAUAGAAGAUCCCGCCCGCGAUCUCUACCCUGCCUGGCCGCGAACUUCUCCGUCCUUUGAUGCCUAUAAAUAGAAGACCCAUUUCUCCCAUUCCAGUGAGUUGAUUUUAAGAGAAGAAUUUUUGGUUUUAGAGAGUGAGAAGAGAGAGAAGCUGAAGCAAGGAGAAGGAUCUAGAAGAGAGGAGGCCUCUUCCUCAACCUCCAGUCUUCUCUAAUUUCUUCUAUGUAUCUUCUUCCCUCUAUUAAGUAGUCCUCUAAGGUAAUAAAGGUUUUUGGGAAUA